AUGUUCCAAGAUACCAUUAAAAAAUCACCAAGCGGCCGCGUCGAUGUCGUCGUGGCCAACGCGGGAAUCAGCGGGCAAGACCCCGUCUUUGUCGACCAGGAGUCUGAAUCGGAGCCAACGAAGCCCAACCUCAAAAUCCUCGACAUCAACCUGAUCGGAGUCAUGUAUACCAUCAAACUGGCGCUCUUCUACUUCAGGAAACAGUUCAAAUCUGUGGCCGACACUUCCACCGCCGGUACCGAUACGUGCCUUGUCCUUCAAGGUAGUCUCGCGGGAUACGUCGAUCAGCCGGGGUCGCCACAAUACAACGCCUCCAAGUUUGGACUUCGCGGGACCAUGCGGUGCCUCAGAAGGACUGCCUUGCAACAUGGCACCAGGAUCAACUACAUUGCCCCUUGGUACAUCAAGACCGACAUCAUCAGCGAUGCUGUCGCGAAGCGCAUUACCGAUAAAGGUGCCGUCUUCGCAUCAAUAGACGAUGCCGCCGAGGCCCUCGUCAGAAUCGCUUCCGAUACAACCGUGCACGGACGAUCCUUAGGGAUUGUGCCCCGGAUGUGGGCACCGCUGGGGUAUACAGAUGUAGACCAUGAUGACUAUCGGGAGGGAGACUUCCUCAAGGAGUGGCAAGAAAUAGUACUCAAGACGAGUCACCGAUUGACAGGGAAGUCGGUGAUUUGA